UAACAAGCUGCCAAUUUCACGGGGCGUCGUAGUGCGUUGUAAUCUAUAGGAAGCACUCUUCCCUUGUAGCUGUCCAAUUUCCUCUUCCCUUGUCUUCUUCCUUACGCACACUCUUUGUUAAGGGGCUAGCUUUGGUUUGGUAGUGAGUAGUGACCAUGGAGAGGACGAGCGGUCCAUCGUGGUGCAUCCUCUUGUGUGUGGCCGCCGCUUGGAUGGUAGCGGAGGCGGCUCCGUUGCCGCGGUACUACAACGCCAUUUUCAGCUUCGGCGACUCCUUAUCCGACACGGGCAACUUCGUCAUCAUCAACUCCGGCAAGCUUCCCAACAUGCCCAAGUUCCCGCCGCCGUACGCCCGCUGCUCCAACGGCCGUCUCGUCAUCGACUUCCUCGCCGAGGCGUUGGGAGUGCCGCUGCUGCCGCCGUCGGCGAACAAGGGCACCAACUUCAGCCAGGGCGCCAACUUCGCGGUGAUGGGCGCCACCGCGCUGGACCUCAAGUACUUCAAGGACAACAACGUGUGGAGCAUCCCGCCGUUCAACACUUCCAUGAACUGCCAGCUCGAGUGGUUCCACGAGGUCAAGGAGACCAUCUGCUCCUCCCCGCAAGAGUGCAAGGAUUUUUUCACGAAGGCGCUUUUCGUGUUUGGUGAGUUGGGCGGCAACGACUACAGCUUCGCUGCGAAGGCAGAUUGGAGCACGGACAAGGUGAAGACGAAGAUGGUGCCCAAGGUGGUGGAGUCCAUCAUCAGCGGCAUCGAAGCUCUACUCGACGAGGGCGCCCGACACGUGCUUGUGCCGAGCAACCUCCCUGUCGGAUGCUUUCCCAUCAUGCUCACCCUGUUUCCGUUCGAGGACCGCAGCGAGUACGACCCACGCACCGGCUGCAUCAAGAAGUUCAAUGGCGUUGCCCUCUACCACAACGCCAGGCUCCGCGUCGCUCUCGACCAGCUCCAACGCCGCCGCCCGGAUUCCCGCAUCAUCUACGCCGACUUCUACACCCCCUACAUCCAAUUCGCCCGCACACCUUACCUCUACGGGUACAAGAGGGGAGCCCUGAGGGCGUGCUGCGGAGGCGGUGGCCCAUACAACUACAACAUGAGUGCCUCGUGCGGGCUGCCCGGUGCCACGGUGUGCGACGACCCCGAUGCGCACGUCAGCUGGGAUGGCAUCCACCUCACCGAGGCACCCUACCGCUUCAUCGCUAACACAUGGCUCAAGGGCCCCUACGCGCACCCGCCCCUCGCCAGCGUCGUCCGGGAAGAUAUGGCCUAUUAACCGGAAAUUCGAUUCGGUUCCCAGGAGGACAUUCUCCCGUGUGAGAAAAUGCUAUGUGUUGAUGGUUACAUCGAAAUGCUACCUGUAUUCCUUUAGGCAGAAAGCAUUAGCAUUUUAUCCUGUGCAAAAAAGACAAGGUGAAAAUGAAGUGUUACCUCCAGUUGUUACAUUUAAUUCUGUUAUUUUUCA